AGUGGUGUUUUUCCGUUUGUGGAAAAUUUUCUUUCCUUUGAAAUCCUUUGAGAAUUGUAAACGAUUUUUAAUUUUUGAAACUUUUCAACUUUCAAGGGAAAAGAAAUCAACGGCGGCGAAAAUGAACGAUAUGGUGGAAGCCGUUGGGGUUCCUCCUCCGACGCCAUCGUUCUCCUCACCUACCAGUCCAAGGAAACGCGGCAGCGGUGGCUGCUACUGCCGCAUUUGGUCUUGUUGUUCGAGGCGAAUUAUCUCGCGGAACAAUGCGAAUUUCGAACGGAGCACGGUUCCGUCGCGGUUCAUGUACUAUCGCUGUGGUUCUUGGUUGAAUUUCUCGGACGAUGAUUUACAAACAGUGCGUACAGGUUUCUUGGAGCGGAAACCGAUUAUUGAAGCAGUGAUCGACGGUGCAAAGUAUAUAAUUGAUUUUAAGAGGAUGCAGCAGAUCAAUUACUCGACAGGAAAUUGGCGGUCAGUUGCUUGGAUCGAUGAAGAUGGCAAGUGUUUUUUCCCCAACGUGUUUUUCUGCAAUGAAGACUUGUGCAAAUCUGAAUAUGAAAACGAAAGGGAUGAUGAUAUCAGCUGCGACUGCAAAAAGAAGAAUAAUCGCACUCCUGAGAUUGAUAUUGUGAGUAAAAUUGAUCGAACUUCUUCGGAAAGAAAGCAAGUUGAUGGGUCAGAAAGUUCCUCUGACAAAGCCGUGGGAGUAAAUGUGAUUAGAACUGCUGAAUGGCCUAAUGCGAAAAGGUUGAAUGAAACAGAGAGAGAGUAUAUGGUCGUUUAUAACCUUUUCUUUGACGGAAUAAGGAGGGUAGAUAAUGGAGCUAGGGUUACUUCGAUUUAUCGGUGCAAUUGGGAAACGGAUUUGGAUAAGGCAAGGCUUGUAAUUUUCCAGAAACAGAUUGAGAUUACUAAGGCUGAAAGAGGCACUUCAAAUGUGACUUAUGCAUGGUAUGGGGCUUCCGCCGAGGUUGUGGGGAGUGUUCUGGCUUAUGGUUUUGGGUUGCCCAAUAAGGUUACGCCUAUUGAUGUUUACGGGAAUGGCGUUUAUCUGUCUCCCUUAGAGUUGCCACACUUGAGUGCAAUUCUAGCUGAUGCAGAUGAAAAUGGUGUGAGACAUCUUAUUCUGUGCCAAGUUAUAUUGGGAAAUAUUGAGAAAGUGGAAGCUGGAUCUCAACAAUAUCUCUCAUCAAGUGUGAAUUUUGAUACUGGUUCUGAUGAUCCUAGCAACCCAAGGUGGUAUGUAGUAUGGUCACAUAAUGCGAACAUGUAUAUUCUUCCCGAAAGUGUAGUGAGUUUCAAAACUUUGGGUAACACGCAUGGUCCAGUGAGGCCAACUUUUUCCAUUCAAAAAUUGUUAAGGAAGUUGAGGGACUCUCUUCCUCCUGCCAAAUUCGAGGAAAUAGUAACUUCAUACUGUUCAUAUAGGGCUGGAGCAGGGACCAAGGGUGAUUUUACUAAGAAACUACGACUGGUUGUUGGUGAUGACGAGUUUCUGAAAUCUGCUGUUAUGGAAAUUGGUUCUAACUCAUUUCAAAGUGUCCAGCAUUUGAAUUACUGAUUCAUUUGCCCCUGUCAUUUUAUAAAAGAAAAGGAUUAGGAUAAGAAAGGAAAUGCUUAGUCCGCACACUAACCCACAGUACAUGUAGCAAUUGUGGUUGACAAAUUAAAGAGUUUACAGUUUACAGUUCACAGUUUCAGAUUUGUUUUACCACUGAAGGUUUUACUAUGGUUAUAAAAAUUGGAACUUGGAGAAGAAAUGAGCUUCAGAGUUCUUCAGUGGUUUUUAGCUUAGAGAUGAUAAUGUGAAUGGUAUAAAACAUCUUAUACUGUGCCGGCCCCGGGUCAUACUGGGAAAUAUUGAACAUGUGAAAGCAGGAUUUCAUCUCAUCUGUUGUGGAUUUUGACACUGUGCUGGUGAUCCUAACAAUCCGAAGAGAUAUAAAGUGUGAUUGACAAACAGCCCAUAUUUAACCUGAGUUUUGGGUUUCAGACCUUGGUAAAUGCAAAGGUAAACUCUUUUAUCUAAACUAUACCCUUUGUUUUCCUUUUUGUAAGUUUGUGGUCAGUAUUUUCGGUGUUAUCAUGCAAGUAAGUAUGUUUGGCCUUACCGAAUUUCUUUCGAAGAUUUUGAGUUCUUAUUGUCUAGCCAAAGCAAGGGAAGUACAUACUUUUAACGCACUUUGAUUCCCUUUUUCAAUUGCUGACUACAGACUGGAGAGUCGACUCGCGAUGGUUUGUUGAGCAACUAAACAGAAGCAAAUAAACGAAAAUUGUUGAAUUCAUUCACAGAAUAAGGUUACAAGCUCGUUUAUAUACAGGGAGCUACUACUAACAGACUGCUAACUAACUUUUCUAAUCUCCUAACCUUAUUUAACAACUAAUCACUAUAUUUAACAACCAACAUACAUUCCUACACUCCCCCUCAAGUUGGAGGGUGAUAUAUGUCUCGCACCCUCAACUUGGAUAAUAGAUAUGUUGUUGAACUCUCAGACCUUUAGUUAAUAUAUCUGCUAGUCGUUCCUUCGUUGUGACAUGCCUGGUUUGAAUUAAACCACCUGUUGGAAAAAACAACCCUCGAUCAGGAUUUUUCUUUAUGUACCUGAUCACUAUGAAUAUAUAAUUGUAUGUACUUGAUCACUUAGACUCCAUGUCCUAUUAUAAUCGUCAAGAAAAUUACUACAGACAGAAGUUUAUUCAUCUCAAAUCAAAAGACCAAUAAUUCAUGGAAA